ACCCGGCUUGCCCCGCGGCAAGAUGGCGGCCUGAAGGCAUCGGGCAGCGGCGGAAAGCUUAGACCAGCCUUUCCGCAUCUGCCCCAACCAAGGGGCCACCGGGACUGGAAGAAAUCAGUGUCUGCUUGGAAAGAAGAGGAGGUAGCGACUUGGGCCAGCCCAACCCCAGAGCGGGAUCUAUUGGCCAGAGGAAGUGGAGGGGCCCUGGGAUGCGGAGAGCUGCAGGCUGACGGCUGGACAGCGGAACUGUGCGAGCUGCCGACACAAACACGCAGGUGGUGGAGGAGCCCUCACCUCCCAGAAUGACCAGUGCAGCUCCUGCUAAGAAACCCUACCGCAAAGCCCCACCAGAGCAUCGGGAACUGCGGCUGGACAUUCCAGGAUCGCGGCUUGAGCAGGAACCCCUGACUGAUGCGGAAAGGAUGAAGCUCUUACAGCAGGAGAAUGAAGAGCUUCGUCGACGUCUGGCCUCGGCCACCAGACGCACUGAGGCCUUGGAGCGUGAGCUGGAAAUCGGGCAGGACUGCCUGGAGCUGGAGUUGGGCCAGAGCCGUGAGGAGCUUGACAAGUUUAAGGACAAGUUUCGCAGGCUACAGAACAGCUACACAGCUUCGCAGCGGACCAACCAGGAGCUGGAGGACAAGCUGCACGCGCUGGCCUCUCUUAGCCACAGCUGGAUUUUUGCAAUCAAGAAGGCCGAGAUGGAUAGGAAGACAUUGGACUGGGAGAUUGUGGAGCUGACUAACAAGCUGCUGGAUGCGAAGAACACCAUCAACAAGCUGGAGGAGCUCAACGAGCGGUACCGCCUGGACUGCAACCUGGCUGUGCAGCUCCUCAAGUGCAACAAGUCCCACUUCCGCAACCACAAGUUUGCUGAUUUGCCCUGUGAGCUACAGGACAUGGUUCGGAAACACCUGCACAGUAGUCCGGAGGCAGCCAGCCCAGGCCCUUCUCCCAGCCCGGCCCCAGGAGCCGUGGUACCCACAUCAGUCAUUGCCCGGGUACUGGAGAAGCCGGAGUCUCUGCUGCUGAAUUCAGCCCAGUCUGGUAGUGCUGGGCACCCCUUGGCCGAGGACGUCUUUGUGCACGUGGACAUGAGUGGGGGGGCCUCAGGUGAGCCUGCCAGUCCCCUGGCCCCUGGCAGCCCCGCCCUCCAGCCCAAUGGAGAGUGUCGCUCUCUGGGCACUACCGGUGGUUCCCCAGAAGAGGAGUUGCCCAUGCCAGCUUUUGAGAAGCUGAGCCCGUAUCCUACCCCAUCACCUCCACACCCACUGUACCCUGGUCGCAGGGUAAUAGAGUUCUCGGAGGAUAAGGUGCGCAUUCCCCGCAACAGCCCCCUGCCCAACUGCACUUACGCCACCCGCCAGGCCAUUUCGCUGAGCCUUGUGGGGGAAGGCAGUGAGCGGGCCCGCCCCAGCCCGGGGCCUAGCAGCCCUGCCUCAGCCCAGGCCUCGCCCCACCACCACGCCAGUCCAGCACCCCCAGUCCUCAGCACUCCAGCCAGCUCCGCAGGCUCCGAGGAGGACCUGCUGGCCAGCUGGCAGCGGGCAUUUGUGGAACGCACCCCACCACCUUCCGCCGUGGCCCAGCGCACAGCCUUUGGCCGGGACGCACUCCCCGAAUUGCAACGCCACUUUGCCCUGAGUCCCAGCAACAGUGAUGAGGUGGUUUUGGCUCCUAGCUCUCCACCCAAUGGGACUGGGCUUUUGCUCACCAUGGAACGGGAUUCUGGAUUCCUCCAUGAGGAGGAAGAGGAAGAACUCAACCUGCCCAUCAGCCCUGAGGAGGAGUGCCAGAGCCUGUUACCCAGUGACAGGGACACUGGGGAGGGGCCUGGGCCUCUUCCCAGCUCCAGCCGGCCCCAGCGUAGCCCCAAGAGGAUGGGGGUGCACCACCUGCACCGCAAGGACAGCCUGACCCAGGCCCAGGAGCAGGGCAACCUGCUCAACUAGGGCCGCUGGUGGCCUUCCUCACUGCUGCACUGGGGCUGCCUGGGGCGCUGCACCCAGAGCUCGGGGGCCCAGCCCCCAAGCCCCUCCGUCUUCGCACUGGCAUAGCCCUGUCGCCUGUGUGAGUUGGGUCAGGUAGCGGGCCACACCAGGCCUUCAGCUGUACUAACUGAUUGGCACCAGCUUGCCUCAUUCAUGGUUUUUCCUUGCCUUUCUGGAAUAUUCAUUCUCCAAAGGUGACGUGCGGUUGUUGGCAAGCCGCUCUUCCCGUGAGCCCACCUCAGGUCGCUCUGCGCCGGGAGCUGAGGGGUUAUCAGUGUUCAUGCUCCACCCUCCCUUUGUGAUCAUGGACUUUGGUUUUGGGGGGAAUGUCAUUGGGGUUACUGACCUCUGAUUUGUUUUUGACUGUCCCUCUGCCCUGAACCCUCCACCUGAGUUGUUGCCCUCAGGGGGCCUGGGCUGGCUGGCUCAGGGAUGUGGGAGGCCCAACUUGGGGCUCCCCUCAGCUGCCUCCCUCCUGCCCUCUGUAAGGCAGGCUCUGGGCGAGGCCUGGCCUCCUCCCGGCCUUGGCUCUAGACUGUUACUCCCAGCUUUGGGAAAUUUUCACGUGAAUGACUAUUUUAAAAUCAAAUAAAACUAUUUUGCUGGUA